ACCGAGUUCUGGGUGGAGCUCAACACCUACAAGGCCAACGGCAGCGCGGUCUGCGAGGCUGCCCACCUGGGGCUGUGGAAGCUGUGCACCAAGCGACUGUGGCAGGCGGACGUUCCGGCGGAGAGGGACACCUGCGGCCCCGCUGAGCUGCCCGGAGAAGCCAACUGCACCUACUUCAAAUUCUUCACCACGGGGAAGAACGCACGCAUCUUCCAGAGAACCACAAGGAAAGAGGUAAACCUAGCAGCUGCAGUGAUAGCAGUGCUGGGCCUGGUGGUCAUGGCCUUGGGCUGCCUCUGUAUCAUCAUGGUGCUCAGUAAAGGUGCAGAGUCCCUGCUCCGAGUGGGAGCUGUCUGCUUUGGCCUCUCAGGCCUGCUGCUCCUGGUGAGCGUGGAGGUGUUCCGGCAUUCCGUGUGGGCCCUGCUCCGGGACGGAGCCUCCAAUCUG